UGCUACUGUUAGGAUUUUAUCUAAAAGGUGGGAGUGAUAUAAAAGAUUCAGCGAGAUAGAUUGAACGGGCAAGGAAUCUUUGAAACCGACGAGAUUAAAAGUAAUCUCUUGCGAGAUGUAUUGGAAACUGUUUGUGUCAUUGCUUUUGCAUCUGCUUGUUUGCAACUCCUUGGCUAGAUCUGCUCCUUACGAGACUGUCGAAGACGAUGUCGUCGCCGUUGGCUCAUUGAUUCGCGAGGUACGUCAACCGGCGCCGUUAAAAAUUGCUGCGGAAAUGAGAGACCUAAUGAGCGCUGGUAACACGCCGAAGUCACAAGACAAUAAAAAACUCAUGAAAAACGCAUCUGGUAUGUUCCUCUGUAAUAUGAAAAACUUUAUAGGUACAAUGAUCGACACAGAUUACGCCGGUGAUGAAAAUCAUGACGGAGCAAGCGAAUACUCACACUAUACCGGAAGCGAUGAUGGGGAUCAUUAUGGUAACCAUUACACGGAGAAAGAACCGGAAUCUUACAGCGAAAAAUAUUCUUCUGGAGAUGGUGAUGAGGGAUCUUACGAAAUGCAUAGUUCUUACAGUUCUGAUGGGGAAGAAGGGGAGGGAGAUCAUUAUUAAUUUUAUCACUAUAAUCAUUUUGAUGGUCUAUCCAAAUUGGAGCAUUUCUUUUUAAAUUUAAACCGUAAUUAUGGCAAAUUAGUAUUAUGGCAAUUAGUGUUUUGUUUGUAUAUAAAAUAUAAUAUAAAUCAUGAAAAAUAACAGUAUAUGUGUAUGUGCAUAUAUGCACAUAAAUAUUAUUUUAAACAAAACAAUAUAUAGCUUGCGCGUAUAUAUUAUAUAAUAUACAUAUAUACAAACACACAUACACAUUUUCUUUUACGUUACAACCAGAUAAUACUUCCUUUACACAGAUAAAUUUAUAAUAUAGAUCAAUCGUAAUAAUAAUUUAUGGUUAAUAGCUAAUAAAGUGUCAUUGUCGAUUGUAUGUUAAUUUGGUUGUUAACUUUGAUCUUUCCAUGAUAUCUGUAUAAUUGUAAUAAGCGGUGUUUAUUCAUAAGUGACGUAAUUAUUUCUACUCAAAUGAUCUUUCAAUUACUUUAAUUAAAAGAUGCGAAAAUCCUUUGCAUUAAUGCGUUGCUUUAAAAUAAUAUAAAAUGAGAUAUACGCCGCCGGCCAAAUCGAAUGCUGUAGUAAUAUUAUAACAGGGUUUCCGUUAUGAAAUUUGCCUUUACGCUUUCGCGCUUGGAUCGCGAAAGUACGAGCGUACGCUCGAAAUUACCGCCCGCAAAACUUGUUACAUUAGCAAUGUCCGUGCAUGAUCGAUUAUCAACAGCUAAUCCAUUUUGGGAUACAUUUCGCGUUGCAAAUAGUUCGUUCUCACGGUAUAAAUGGAUACGUAUCUGUUAUUAUAUGUGAAACGUUAAUCCACAUUAAGUGGUUCAUUUCUUCAACAAAAGCGCAUCUCAGUGUAUGUGCAAUUAAAGAUGCAUACGAACGAAGAGAGUACGCUUGUUCUGCGAAGAAUAAAUGUCACUGAUUUAAUUAGACACCGAAGAAUGGAAAUAUGAUGGAAGAAAAAGACGAGAACUUUUCUUUCUCGUAAAAGAGAGAUAAAGUUAUAACUUAAUACCACAGUAGCCGACACGCCGUUUAUUUUUCAAAAGUUAACGUGAUUUAGAUUUUAUCUGCGUACAACAUUCACCUAGAAUCAAAUAUUUAAUUCGAAUAAAUUACACUCUAUAAGCAACAUUUAUUACAAAAACUAGCUAUUAAUGAAAUUGUCGUUUAAUUUCUUGGCCAUGAAUGUACGAGUGUAGUUUGGUUUGUUUCGAAGAAUAGUUCUAAUUUCUAAUUUAACAUCACCCGAGGGUCAGAAGCAAUAAUUUGCUUUCCGUCUUUGUAUCAGAACUACGCUUUGAAUUACGUUCGCUUCGCGAUUGUAUAAUUCGUUCAAAAUGCAAAUAGGUUUUCAAAUCUAUUCCGCCACCGAUUAUAGAUCCAGUUUAAUUACGCGCUUAAUGGCGAAGGCUUGCUAGAUUGCAGAUAUUGCCACUCAGUUGGCAUACGAUAGACACGGCUAAUUGCCGACAGAAUAUAGUUCUGGUUAACACAGAAGACGAAUACGUUAAAAACGUGAGUGUUAAAAACUACUAUCCGUCACGCAAGAACCAUGUCGCGUUGUAUAUAUAUUUUAGAUCUGGCGUAGGUGUAAGUGCAUAAUAUCCAUCAGUGGCUUGCAUUUUGCAAUUAUUUAUAACGAGAAAACUUUUCAGAUGGUUGCCCAUCCUCGAGCGGAAAAUCAGUUUGUUAAUUGUGCGAGAUAAUUAUCGUUAAACGCUGCGCGUGACAAAGAAUUAUUUUGUUUGUCAUCGCUUCACUCAACCACUUUCUAGAACCUAUGAGCAAUCUAAUGUAUUAAACGCCA